AUCUUAAUGUUGGUAUAUUUGCGCAGACCAGCGGCGGUCACACCACACUAAAUGCAAUAAACAAAUUUCUAACUUAUUUUGCAACAAAUGCAAACGCUGAGAAUCUAGCUGGACACAGUCGCGUGGGAACAGCAAGGAUACACGCAGGACGUGAGGACGCGCGAAAAGUCAGGUGCCGACAUGUUGGUCAAGUGCUGCAUCGGAUUUGGGUCACUCUGGCCACUGGCCAUGAUGGUGGCCUUUUGCACUGCCUACAAGAACGUUCGUCUCCAGGACAACAUGUGCUCGGACAAACUGUUCUACACGCUGGCCAAGCCGUUCCGUGGCGAUCCGACUGUGCGGCUGGAGUUCGAGGACACCUCCGGAGCGAUCGUGACGCAGAUGUGGAAUUUGACACUGCCCCACGGCCAUACGGCCAACAAGAUUAAGUACGAUUGCCAGUUUAGGGUGGUGACCAGCGAGCGACCGCGACGCGGCAUUUACACUAUCAUUACGCGGCUUAAGUUUCGGCGCGACCCCGUUUCCAAGGAGUGCAUCGACUACAUUCAGUUCAGCAGCGGCAAUCGCUCGCCCAGCGAACGCAUUUGCACGGACAUCUCCAUUGAUGGCCCGGCGGGACGUCUGAUCUUCGAUCAGCGUGAUCGCGACGUCAACGUGCACAUAUUUAUCGAUCGAUCGCGUCAUAUACUAGGCGAUCCCCUGGAGCUGCGCAUGGUGCUAACGGCACACUCGGAGUGCCAGUUUAAUGGAGACUUCCUUUGCGAGCCCAACGACCAGUACUCGUGCAUUUCGCGUCAUUUUGUGCGGGACAAUAUCACCAAUUGCCUGUAUCCGUGCCGCGACGAGGGCACCUGCUUUCACGACGCCAUUGUGCCGGAGAUCGAUACGGCCAAUGUGGCUAUAUCGGCGCUGACCUCGCUCAUCUUUACCAUGGUGGGCGUGGGUUUUUGUGUGUGGAUCUGCUGGAAGUAUUGGAACUGCAUAACGGUGCAGCAACGGGCGCACGAAGCCUCCGCUGCCCGCUUCAAUCAGCGUCGAGUCAGAUCGGAUGUGCCCACCAUUGAGCUGCCACCAUCGGUGCACUACGAUGAUAGCGUCCUGCACGAGCACGAUACCCAGCAGCAACAGCAACCCGCCACGCCAAAGGAUCUACCGCCCAGCUAUGAGUCCCUGUUCCCGGAAAGAUAAAGAUCCGCGACGGGUGUCGCUCCGCUUUGUGCCAGAUCAGCAAGUACUUGGUAUCGCACACUUGUUGUAUUAGUCCUAUUAGGUAAUUGUAUCUCUAUCUGAACCGUUCAGCAAUCCAUGUAAAUAUGUUAGGACUGAUUUUAUGUUUUGAGAUUAGCAUUAGCGAUCAAACAUCUUUCUCGAUGUGUUCACUUUGAACCAAAUUCCAGAAUACACUCCCCGAGAAUUUCCACAGUUUUACUGUUGUACAUAUAUAUAAGUUUUAUAUUGUUCCACUCUCCGUAUUAUUUGAUUAACUGUAUUGUAAUUGUUAAAAGCGCCCUUUUGGCGAAUGCAAAUUGUUUACUCACUGAUGAAAUCUCACUGGUAUUACCAUACUCAAUGAAAUUAUAUCAAUUAUUUACCUAAGCAUCAAUUAUUUAUAAGCAAAAGCGAAAGCCACACAGUACUAGUCUCUAUAUUAGCUAGCGUAAAUAUUCCAAGGGCCAGCCAAGACUGGGCCGAGCAUUCCACAUAGUUGUACCUGUUUCUGUACUGCAUAGAUAUGUAUAUGUUAUGUAUUUGUACGCAUAGAAUACCACGCGCUUGUAGAUGUCAUUGUUGUGUGCUGGCCGAAAGUGUCAAUUGUUCAAUUUCGAGUAUAAGAUGUAGGCGCAUACGCUCACAAGAUAAUGUACGAACUACAGUAUUUACUCCACACAUGUAACUGCAAUGUAACUGAAAGUUCGGGCUAGUGGUCAGUAGGUCUUAAGCCAAUUAACUCAUAUGUAUACACACGCAACUCACUCAAAUACGUAUAUUAACUGAUAAAUAAACCAACUAAAUCUCAGCAGAGCGUGGCGAAAGUGCGGCUGGGAAUUACCUCACUCUUCGCUUAGCCUCCCCAGUUGCAGGGUGUCGGUUUCAUCACAUGGUGACACACAUCGUGAAUCAGCACGUGCCUUAUCCAAUAACCUGUCGAACCGGCAAUCCGAUCCCCCGCAUCACCAACUCAUCUGCCCAGCAAUCGGCGUUUGGUCACGACUAGAGGAACUGCGUUACUGCCACUGCGUCAUAUCGUGGGCUAAUCAAUGCUGGUCCGCUUACUGUUCUGAAUUAGAUUUUACUUUGUUACCAACCAUGUCGUGGAUGGAUCGCGUUGGAUGUGGCACGUGCUGGGGUCGCCUGGUCGUUGACUCGUCACAAUUGACCAAACUGGUUAUUGCCAUCGUAGCUGCGAGACAAUUUGCUGACCAAUCUGUGCCCCCGUUCAAUGUCGGCCCACAAUUGUCCAAUUGCCUUGGAGUCGCAGUAUGCCAUUCAAUUAGCGAAUGUGCAGCUCUCUUGGCAACCGGUAGCUGCUCCAUGGAUACAUCUCUAUAUAUAACGCCCAGGUGCCAAUUAUAACACGCACACAAAAGAGCCGAGCCGAGCAGCUCGAUCGAUUGAUCGAUCGCUCGAUCUAUUCAUCAAGUUCAGGGUCGAACUCAAAUCACUCCGUCGCUCAUAGAUUGGCCUUAAUUUGUGUCAAGCACCCUGAUAAGGAGUUUGACCGCUCCACCAUCCAUCACCCGAAUCUCAGACCACUGGGGGAUCCUAGAAAUUUCACUCCAUCUUCUUCUGACGACUCCACUUGGUCGGAUCACGAAAUUCACACAGCGUAUUAGCACCUCGCAGAGGGGCGUGUAGGUGUGAGUUCACGCCCAAAAAUAACCCUAAGCAGAGCAGAGAGUUCUUUGGGCCACUUUCGCAGUUUUUUUAAAGCCAACU